AUGAAGAAAGAGCUCGCCCAGUUACGAGAACGACGAAUGCAUACCCAGGGAGAGCCUCCAUCUGGCGUGCCACGAGAAGAGCGAACACACGUAGAUCGUUCGGAAGGAAGAGGAGAUAGCUUCAGUUCCAUGGAGCAAGAAGAUGCAACUAAAGAAAGAAGAAAUGCUAGGGAGGUAAGGCAACACCACAUUAAUCGACCGAUUGAUAUCAUAGAGGCCGGGCCGUUCGCAUGGAAUAUCUUGCAAGAUCCACUGCCAUCCACAUUCACCCCUGUGGGUUUUUUCUAUGAUGGAAUAGGCGAUCCUUUGGAUCACAUGUACCGAUUCAAAAGUAUAGCAACACUGCACUUGUAUACGGAUGGAAUACGAUGCCGCGUAUUCACUACCACGCUAAUAAAGAAUGCUCAACUUUGGUUCAACAGCCUGCCCAGAGGGUCCAUCACCUCUUUUGAAGAUUUUAGCACAAAAUUCCUGCGCAACUUCUCAAGUUCAAAGAAACAGCAGAAAACCGCGAUGGCUUUAUUCAGACUUAGGCAAAGAGAAAGAGAAGAUUUGCGCGAAUACGUGAAGCGUUUUUCCGCAGAGAAGUUAGAAAUCCCCGUGACACCUCCCGAAAUCCUCGUUAGCGCAUUCAUCCAGGGAUUGCAAGAUGGCGAUUUCUUCCGAUCACUAGCCAAAAGAAACGCCUCAACCUUCGCAGAAUUGUUGGAACGUGCAGAGAAAUACAUCAAUUUAGAAGAAUGUCGCCGGAUGAAAGAGGGAGAACGUUCCAGAGAUACGGGAAAUAGCGACAAGCGCAUCGUGCGGGCUCCACACAAGGGCAACGAACAAUUUCGAAGUAAUGUUCGUUCGUUAAUGGAAAUACAAGAAGAACAACCGGAGGCACAUUACCCCCCUAGCGCGAGAAGACACAACCAGUUCCCUACAUCAGGAGGACCCAGAUUCAAAAUAGGAGAUCCCCGGUUCGACAGGUAUACGGAGCUCGCUUUACCCAAAUCUGUUAUUCUCGAGCGUAUAGCCAAACACCCAAAACUACGAUGGCCAAGGGGGCAUAGCGAACCACCAAGGGGAACAGCAGUCGCGAGUGGAUAUUGUCACUUCCAUAAUGAUUAUGGUCAUGAGACCAAUGAGUGCUUCACCUUACGGGAUGAAUUAGAAAGGUUGGUGCGAUUAGGGGCCCUGUCAGAAUAUGUCAUGGAAGAAAGUUCUAAAGGAAGAAGGGACAGCGAGAAAAGGCGAAGAGAUGAAGAGGAUGAAGUAGAACCAAUAAUAAAACGGGGGUUCAUCAGUAUGAUCAUUGGCGGCCCGACAGACGGAGAUUCAAAUCGAGCGCGACGUUACCGCCUUCAAACCAUCAAGAAAGCCGAGGUAAACCAAAUUAGCGUUAAGGCUGAAGCUCAUCCCAUUAUUUCCUUCGGACCUCACGAUUGCUGCGCCCUAGACACGCCGCACGCAGACGCACUGGUGAUAACCUCCAACGUCGCUGGUUAUGAUGUCUCGAGGAUCUUCGUGGAUAAUGGUAGCUCGGUGAAUGUUCUAUUUCAUGAUUGUCUACAGCGCAUGGACCUCGAAGUGGACGUCGCCCCAGUAUCCACAAUGUUAUAUGGUUUUAAUGGAGGGUCAGUUCGUCCGUUGGGCCAAGUGAAGCUUACGGUGUCUCUAGGAACGGCCCCACUCGUGAAAAUUAAAACAGUUAAUUUUAUGGUGGUAGAUGCGCCCGAAUCCUCAUAUAAUAUGAUCUUCGGGAGGCCCAUGAUUAAUACCUUCCGGGCGAUACCUUCAACAUACCACAUGAAGCUAAAAUUUCCUGUAGGGAGUGAAGUCGGAGAGGUCAUUGGAGACCAAACGAGCUCACGGUCGUGUUACGUAGAAUCAGUUCGUCAAGGGGAAAAGAGCAAAAGAGUCAGAGAAUCGCAAGGCGGAACCAUAGAUGGGAAGAAAGUACGAACCAACACAGCGGAGGCAACGCCGAUCCACACUAGCACCAGCGAAGAACUUAUAGAGGUCAAAGUCAUACCCGAUCGCCCAGAAUGCGUCACGCGAAUAGGGUCUAGUCUAGAUGGAGAAAUGAAGGAGCAGCUGAUUGGUUUGUUGCGAGACAAUUCGGACGUGUUCGCAUGGAAAUCGGAAGACCUCACUGGAAUAGACCCAAGCAUCAUGGUCCAUAAGCUACACAUCAACACGAAGGUCCGACCAGUGAAGCAAAAGAAGAGGCAUUUCGGAGCCAUCAAAGAUGCUAUCAUCAAGGAGGAAGUGGACAAACUCCUACAAAUCGGACACAUACGCGAAAUCCAAUUCCCCGAAUGGCUUUCAAACGCUGUUCUAGUAGCUAAACCAGGCGGUAAAUGGCGUAUGUGCAUAGAUUUUCGCGACCUCAACGCCGCAUGUCCUAAAGAUCACUAUCCACUACCCAGGAUAGAUCAGCUGGUAGAUGCCACGGCAGGAUGCGAAUUACUGAGCAUGAUGGACGCAUCGCAAGGGUAUCAUCAAGUCAGACUAGACGUCAUAGACCAACCCAAGGUUAGUUUUAUCACAUCGGGAGGCACAUACUGUUAUCAAGUUAUGCCGUUUGGUUUAAAAAAUGCGGGUGCGACAUAUCAGAGGCUAGUAGACAAGGUGUUCGCUAAGCAAUUAGGGCGAAAUCUAGAGGUAUAUGUGGAUGAUAUGCUAGUAAAAAGUCGCGAGGCCACAUCACACAUAGCUGACCUCGCGGAGACCUUCUUGACUCUUCGAAGAUAUGGCAUGAAGUUGAACCCUGCUAAAUGCUCUUUCGGAGUCUGCACCGGAAAAUUCCUGGGAUAUAUGGUCACUAAACAGGGCAUAGAGGUCAACCCGGAGAAAGUGAAAGCGAUCACAACAAUGACUGCGCCAAGGACAAUCAAAGAAGUACAAACGCUGGCGGGGAAAGUCGUAGCACUCAGUCGGUUUGUGUCACGUCUCGCCGAACACAGUUUCCCUAUUUUUCGAGCAUUACGAAAGGGGAAAGAGUUCGCCUGGACGAAGGAAUGUCAAACCUCCUUCGAAAAUCUGAAGCAAGUCCUUUCGAAACUCCCUUCGCUAUCCCCCCCAGAAGAAGGAGAAACCCUCUGCAUGUACUUAGCUGCAGGGGAUGAGUCCAUCAGCUCAGUAUUGUUCAGAGAAAAAGAUAAAAAACAGUUGCCCGUGUAUUACGUAAGUAAAAUCUUGCAAGGCGCCGAACUUCGCUAUCCCGAAGUCGAAAAGGUCGGCCUGGCACUCAUAACAACAGCAAGGCGAUUAAGACCAUACUUCAUAUCCCAUACUAUAAUAGUAAGGACCAGCUAUCCUCUACGACAGACAUUAGGGAACGCCGAAGCAUCGGGGCGCAUGGUCAAAUGGGCCGUGGAAUUAGGCCAGUACAAUGUCGAAUACGAGCCCCGGACCGCAAUAAAAGGGCAGGCACUGGUAGAUUUUCUGCAAGAAACUACGCGCAUUGAGAACUCGCAGCCAUGGGAGGUAUAUGUGGACGGAUCUUCCACAAAUCAAGGCGCCGGAGCAGGUGUGUUGCUUAUAAAACCCAACAAAGAAGAAUUCCACUUUGCUAUAAAAUUCAAUGUUAGAGCAUCAAAUAACGAAGCCGAAUAUGAGGCCUUGGCGCAAGGACUGGAGAUAGCACAAAAAAUGGGAAUAAAAAAAGCCAAAGUCCACUCCGACUCUCAAUUAGUGGUACAACAACUGGCGGGUGAAUACGAGACCAAGGAUGUACGGAUGGAAGCAUAUGUGAAAGUUAUCAAGACAUUGGUCGAAGGCUUUGAAGAGUGCGAAAUCAUCCAGAUCCCGCGAGAAUCAAACUCACAAGCUGAUUUCUUGUCCAAAAUUGGCAGUUCAUCCGUGGAUUGCAGCGAGCGGAAUAUAACCAUAUUAUCAACUUGCGGACGAUUUUUUGAAAGUAAUAGCGAAAAACUUGUUGCAAGGGUGGAAGAUCAGGAAGAUUGGCGAACACCAAUCAUUACUUACCUUAAAGGCAAUACAAUCUCAGAUCGACGCACGCGAGAACGAAUAGAAUACAAGGCCCGGCAUUUUUAUUUAAUAGGCGAAACGUUGUUUAAGAGAUUAUACUCGCAUGUAGACGCAAGGUGUCUAGGAAGCAGCGAAGCUGAAUACGUGCUGAAAGAAGUACAUGAAGGAUGGUGUAGCAACCAUGAAGGAGCAAGAACAAUAGUACAAAAGCUGUUAAGGGCAGGAUACUACUGGCCUACAAUGAAGAUGGAAGCCACGCAAUUUGUAAGACAAUGCCCUAAUUGUCAAGCACAUGCCAUAGUAGCACGUCAGCCAGGCGAACCUAUGAAAAUCAUAUCGUCACCAUGCCCUUUCGCGCAAUGGGGGAUCGAUCUGGUGGGCCCCUUUACAAUGGCGGUUCGCAGAAAGAGGUACCUUAUCGUAGCUGUAGACUAUUUUACAAAAUGGGUGGAGGCCGAGGCGUUAUCGCGAAUCACUGAAGAUGAGGUAAUGAAAUUUAUUUGGAAAAACAUUUGUUGCCGGUUCGGAGUCCCCAGAAUUAUUAUAUCGGAUAAUGGCACACAGUUCAACGGUAAAAAGAUAACGGGAUGGUGCACAGAGAUGAAGGUCGCCCAACGUUUCACAUCCGUGGCACAUCCACAAGCAAACGGGCAAGUCGAAGUAAUCAACAGAAUCUUGGUGGACGGUAUAAAGAAACGCAUUGAAAAGGCAGGCGGUGGUUGGGUAGAAGAAUUAGACUCGGUUCUAUGGUCUUAUCGGACAUCACCUAAAAGGGCUACCGGAGAAACACCCUUCAGCUUGGUUUAUGGGAUGGAAGCGAUCGUGCCGGCCGAGAUAGGCCUGGAAUCAUUAAGGGUUCGCGAAUAUGAUGACAGGGAGAAUGAAGAAAUGAUGCGAGAACACUUAGAUCUUUGCUACGAUAAAAGAGAAGCAGCAGACUUGAAGAUGAGAGAUAGCAAAAAUCGCAUUAAAGUCAGCUACGACCGAAAAGUCAACCCGAGAAAUUUUCAAAUAGGCGAUCUCGUAUUACGGCGAGCCGAUGCACUGAAACCCACGGGCAAGUUAGAGGCUAAUUGGGAAGGUCUCUACACAGUAACGAAGGUCGCAGCGGGUGGCGCCUACGAGUUACAAGAUCGAAAAGGCAAAAAAAUACCAAGAACAUGGAAUGUAUGCCACCUUAGGAAGUUCUACGCAUAG